ACAAGUUGUCGAGACAGGGAUUCGAGCCUCGAGAUAUGGCACCGCAAGAAAGAACUCGGAAGCAUGUGUGCAAAAAGUGCAAUCAGAGCUUCUCUUCAGGGAGAGCUCUUGGGGGCCACAUGUCACGCCACUGGCGCAUAGUUGAGCAGCUAGAGAAGACGCCAAGCCCUCCUGCCAAUAUUGUCGACGUGCAUGUCUUAAUGCUGAGUCCAAGUGAUGUGGAGACUUUGCCACCGUCCUCGGGAGCUGAAUGUCCAUUGUGCUCAAAGGUGUUUUCUUCCUGCAAUUCUCUGAGGGAGCACAUGAGUGAGCACAGUCAGAAGAAGUUGCUGAGCAAGCCUGUUGAAGAAGCAGCUGGACUGAUGGAAGCUCUGGCCAUUGUUGAUGGUGGCUACAAUGUCAUGUUAUCUCCUUCGGUGAAGCGCAAGCGGUCAAAGAGAGGGCCACCAGUGGUCAAUUUUGGCGAGAUGGAUGCUGCUGCCACUCUCCUGCUUCUUUCAGAGAGUUCCAAGAAGAUUCCAGCUUAUGAAGAUUGCUGUGCAGAAGAUAUGGACAGUUCGCUCCUCCAUGUGUCAAAGGAUUUGAACCAGAAUGCUUUCGAUCAUCUACUGAUUCGAUCAACUGAGUUCAAGAAAACAAAAGGUCACAAGUCUUCAACUUAUGAUGAUUGCUAUGGGAAAUGUGAGAAGGAUGACAACUUGAACCCCAAUGUUCCCAAGGACAACAGUCCGAUCUCCAAUGUUCCCAAGAAUUCAGCUUACCAGGAUUGCUGUGGACGAUAUGACAACGAAAACAUUUUGUUCUGCAAUGUUUCCAAGAUGGAAAGCAACGUGAUCCGCAAUGUUUCUGACAAAGACAACACUUUGAUCCCCAAUGUUCUCAAGGACAGCACUUUUAUCCUCAAUAUUCCCGAUAAUUCAGCUUAUGAGGAUUGCUAUGGACAGUAUGAGAAGGACAACAUUUUGUUCCCCAGUGAUCCCAAGAAGGACAGCAAUGUGAUCUGCACUGUUCCUGAGAAGGAAAACACUUUGAUCCCCAGUGUUCCCAAGGAGGUAGAGUUGAUUGUGCUUGAUCAUGUGCUGGCUGGAGAUUCUGAGCUGAGGAAGCCAAGAACCGAUUCAGUUGAGAUCAAGUGUGGUGAUCUUUCAGCUGCAAUGAAGGUCAAGAGAUACCAGUGCAAUACCUGUAGGAAGUCAUUUGGGUCAGGGCAGGCGUUGGGGGGCCACAUGAGGUGUCACCAUCCUAAUUGCAAUCAUCGCCGUCAAGGGUUUGCUGAUCGUCCUGAGUCUGUUGUGAUGGAUGAGCAGAAACAGAAGACCGAAUUGGACUCCAAGUUGCUUGAUGUCAGACUUCCAGCUCUCACUGACAGACACUAUAUUUUCUCGGGCUUGCAAUUUGAACCUGAGCCAUGGCCUGUGGCAAGCAGGGUUCACUGAGCCGAUGCCGGUGCUCACUGUUGUCUGAAUUGCCACAGUUACUUCAGUUAUGUAUAUAGUCUACUAGUCUAGUAGUAACAACUCCAGUUGGUAUGCUUGUAGAGAUAGUCACAGGCAUUGUAAUGAUACUUCUCUUUCUGGCAAAUUUUCAUGGACAGAGAAGGCCACGGCUUUCACGUGGCACUGCUUGGUUCUGAACAGUAAAGCAACUUUGCUCAGCUAAAUGGUGCGACUGAGGUUGUGUCAUUCUAGCACUAACUAAUGACUUGAGUUGCCUACCAAAUUUAGUUUCUCUUUACAGUUUUGUGUUUCUGUAAAUAUUCAUAUCUUGAAAUGAUUUCAUCACUGCUCU